UUCAUUGAUACUUUUAUUGUCACAGGUAUAUUCCUUCGUCUCCCCUCCUUGUCCUCCCAGAAAAGAAGUUGAUUUCGAUAUGGUAGAGGAACGGAUGUUGUGAUGGGUGUUCGAAUCAAAUUAUGCUAAUGGCCCUGAAGGAACAUAGUGCAUCAGUCAGUGUUUUCGUUUUCUGAGCCAGACUGUGUGUCGCCAGCAAAGUAAACAUUUUUCGUUACGGGUAUUUUGCGUCGACGACGAUAUGACUCCGCUGCUGAACGGGAGUGACAACGUGUGAAGUUGGGAAUAAAAGUUGGGAAUUAUAAACGACAAAAAAGAAAAACUAAGGACCAAAAGUGAAUUAAAAAGCUCUACUACGUCGCGACGUGUAAAUAAAUUAAUGAGAAAGGAAUGCUCGUCGUCGUCGACCAGCAUCAUCAUCGAUUGAGGGUCGAGACUCUGCUGGGCACGUUGUUCAAGAACAACAAUAAUUAGCAAGUGCUGUUCCGGUCUAAUUAAUAUCGCGAAGCAACAAACAAAACAAUCCAAGAGAACGUGUGUGGAUGCGAGAGUGGCGACAGUGCGCGACCGGUUUUUCGAAAUUGUUCGUACUUUGCUUGUGUUUGUUCCAUUUUUAGGUUUGUUGUUACUUGAAAUUUGAAAAAAAAAGAAAUAUGUCCACUUUGAGUAGCCUCGUGGUGUUUUUGAACAUUCUAUUCGUGGCCAUUGCAUCGGACAACUCAAAUGAUCCCUGCUAUGCCGAUGGAAAGGCCCGAAAAUGUGUCCCAAGCUUUGUGAAUGCCGCCUAUGGCAAUCCCGUGGAAGCUUCUUCCACCUGUGGCCUUAGGCAACCCGAACGUUAUUGUGAGGUUGAUAGGAAUGACCGAACCACUACGUGCAGUGUCUGUGACGAUGCAAACCCCGAACUUCGUUUUCCAGCCACUGCCCUAACCGACCUUAACAACUCUAACAACGUUACAUGCUGGAGGUCGGCUGCUGUCCCCAUUCCCACAGCCGGCGAUAACUCCCCUCCCGACAAUGUCACUUUGACCAUUUCACUUGGCAAAAAGUACGAGCUGACCUAUGUUAGUUUGACUUUCUGUCCAAAGUCCCCCAAGCCUGACUCGAUGGCCAUAUACAAAAGUUUGGACCAUCGAAAAACUUGGCAGCCUUUCCAAUUCUAUAGCUCGCAGUGUCAUAAGUUCUAUGGUAGACCUGACCGAGCAAAGAUAAGCAAAUUCAACGAGCAGGAAGCGCGCUGCUUAAGCUCACAACGCUCAUCGGGAGAUAUUCAUCGGUUUGCUUUUAAUACCCUAGAAGGACGUCCAUCGGCAAAUGACAUCGACUCCUCGCUAGUGCUUCAGGACUGGGUUACAGCAACAGAUAUUCGUGUGAUAUUCCACCGAUUGGAUGUGCCACGCGACUUACUUGUCACUAAUCGCUUUGGCAUUAGCAUGGCAGACGUCGUUGAACGCAAAUACACAAACGACAAAUCCGUGGACACCAACAGCGCUAUCGAAACAAAAUUCAUGGGUAAACUAUCAGCAGCACCAUCGUCGUCAUCAUCAUCAGCAGCAGCAGCAACAGCCGUGAUGGGGAUGACGAUGGGGACAUCUAGUGUUGCAGCUCUUGGCCAGCACUAUGCCGUAUCAGAUUUCGCUGUUGGCGGACGAUGCAAGUGCAAUGGGCAUGCAUCCGAGUGUGUAGCCGACGAUGAGGACGGCCAAUUGGUGUGCGACUGCAAACACAAUACCGCCGGAUCCGAAUGCGAGCGCUGCAAGCCGUUUUACUUUGAUCGACCAUGGGGACGUGCCACCGACACUGACGCCAACGAAUGCAAAAUUUGUAAUUGUAAUGGACACGCACGUCGAUGCCGAUUCAAUGUGGAGCUGUAUAAAUUAUCUGGUCGAGUAUCGGGCGGAGUAUGCUACAAUUGCCAACACGACACCACUGGUAGAUAUUGUCACUAUUGCAGAGAGGGCUACUACAAAGACUCGACAAAACCAAUUAAUCAUCGAAAAGUUUGCAGACGUUGCGAUUGUCAUCCAGUUGGAUCAACAGGGAAAAUUUGCAAUCACAUUUCCGGGCAAUGUCCUUGCAAGGAUGGAGUAACUGGUCAAACAUGCAAUCGCUGUGCUAAAGGAUAUCAACAAACCAGAUCUCAUGUGGCGCCUUGUAUAAAAAUUCCAACUGUUAUCAAUGCAAUACAAGCUGAGAGUGCUAGUCAAAGCACAGAUGAUAGUGGAGCUGACAGAACAGAUGAUAUGAAAACAUAUUGUGGAAAAUGCAAAACAAGUCCGAAGAAAUUGAAUUUGAACCGAUUUUGCAAGGAGGAUUAUGCUAUAAUGGCAAAGGUUGUUGGUCAUGACCGAGCAUCAAUGGAAAUUAGCACUGAACAAUACUCAAUCGAACGACAAAACGAGAUUUUUAAAUUUGAAAUUAACAUCCAAGCGAUUUUCAAACGAAAUCCUGCAUCUGGAACGACAAGUGCUCUAUUGGGACGUGGACCAAUGGUUUUAUUAGUGCCACGCAAGAAUCUCGAAUGCCAAUGUCCGAAGAUUAAAUUAAAUAAAUCAUACUUGAUUCUCGGACGAGAUUCUGAAGCAGCUCCAGGUUAUUUAGCUGUUGGACCGAGUUCGGUGGUAUUCGAAUGGAAAGAUGAAUGGUCGUUGCGAAUGAAAAGAUUCCAACGAAGAUCACGCAAAUGCAGUUGAAUUGAACCGGAAACGGAAUACGUCAAAACAGACUUUAACUUUAUUCACUUGGAUAGAAUUCGAUUCGUGUAUAAAUUGUACAGCAUAGCAAAGUUUCUUACAUUUUUCGGUAUAAUGCUAUAAAUUUAUCAAAA